AUGACACAAAUCUUUCAUUUUUAUUCUUGUUUAUUUCUUGUCGUCAUCGAUGAUGUGACUAGUGCAAAUUUUGGUGAUCACGUCAGAUCGCACUAUGGAUUACGCACAAGAUGGGAUGAUUAUCUACGUUUACGUCCAGCACAAUAUCCUAACAGGAUUGAACUACCACGUUAUAUUCAACGAUUGCCCAUCGAUUACUUGGAACCAAUGCACAGACCCGCUCCAUCCACACCAAACCGAUACAAUGAUGUCGGUCAAUUGUUUGCACGAGACCAUGUUCGAGGAACAUCACCAAUAUAUCCCAUCCGCCAUGUAGAUGAUUAUUUGACCGGAGCGCCUGAUCGUCACCCACCGAGAAAACCCACUCGUCAUGAAGAUAUGGAAGCUAUUCUACAAACACAAUACCAUCGCGGCAUAAUACCAAUGUAUCCGAUUCGUGAAAUACAUGAUUAUUUAGCAGGUGCACCAAAUCGUAUAAAGCCUUCACCUCAAAAAACUAGAUUUGAAUUGAUGAACGAAAAACGUGGACACGGUUAUCGACCGGCGCCCCAAGCACCGAUACCAACACAUCGUUUCGGAAUCGGUUAUUAA